CCGCGAGUAUCCUUCAGUAGCUCCUCAGAGCUGUCCAGUAGCCAUGGCCCUGGCUUUGCAAGUCUAAAUCGGAGAGAUGGAGCUGGUGGCUGGACUCCACUUGUGUCAAAUAAAUACCAGUGGCUGCAGAUUGACCUUGGAGAGAGAAUGAAGGUCACGGCAGUGGCCACCCAGGGAGGAUAUGGGAGCUCCGACUGGGUGACCAGCUACCUUCUGAUGUUCAGUGACAGCGGGAGGAACUGGAAACAGUAUCGACGAGAAGAAAGCUUCUGGGGCUUUCCAGGAAACACAAACUCAGACAGCGUGGUGCAUUACAGACUUCAGCCUCCCUUGGAAGCCAGGUUCUUGCGUUUCCUGCCUUUAGCCUGGAACUCCAAGGGCAGGAUUGGCAUGCGGAUUGAAGUGUAUGGAUGUGCAUACAGAUCUGAGAUGGUUAAUUUUGAUGGAAAAAGUUUCUUAUUGUACACAAUUAAUCAGAAACCCAUCAGUUCAAUGAAGGAGAUCAUUACUUUGAAAUUUAAAACCAGGCAGAGUGAUGGGAUUCUACUCCACAGAGAAGGACAAAAUGGCAAACAUAUCACCCUGGAAUUAGUUAAAGGAAAACUCAUCUUGUUCUUUAAUUCAGGUGGUGCUAACCUGCCCUCCCUAGAUGCCCAGGUGACCCUCACCUUGGGCAGUCUGCUGGAUGACCAACACUGGCAUUCUGUCCUCAUUGAGGUCCUCAACACACACAUCAGUUUCACAGUGGACAAACAUACUCACCGUUUCCAGGCAGAGGGAGAGGCCAGCCUUUUAGAUCUUGAUUAUAAGAUCAGCUUUGGAGGGAUUCCUGGACUUGGAAAAUCAGUGGUGUUCCCACAUAAAAGCUUCAAUGGGUGUUUUGAAAAUCUCUUUUAUAAUGGAGUGGAUAUCAUUGAUUUGUCCAAGAAACACAAACCAGAGAUACUCAUCAUGGGAAAUGUGUCCUUCUCGUGUUCACAUCCUCAAACUGUCCCUGUGACUUUUCUGAGCUCAAGGAGUUAUUUGGCUCUGCCUCACCCCACUGGAGAGAACUCAAUAGCUGUCACUUUCCAAUUUCGAACAUGGAACCUAGCGGGGCUGUUGCUGAAAAGUCAGUUUCUACACUGGUCAGGGGCUCUUGUCCUUGUUCUUAGUGAUGGAAAACUCAAGCUGAGCCUCUGCCCACCUGGCCAGCCAGUGAGAGCCGUCAUAGCAGGUGAUGGAUUAAAUGAUGGUCAGUGGCAUUCUGUGUCCUUAUCUGCUAAUGGGAAUCAUUUGAGCCUGAAGGUGGACAAUGAUGUAUCCUCUGCUGCCCAUUCCCUGCGUGGGCAGAUUCAUUCUGCUAAUACCUAUUAUUUUGGGGGCUAUCCUGACAACAGCUCUGGCUCUCAAUGUGAAAAUCCCCUGGGAGGGUUUCAGGGCUGCCUGAAGCUUAUCUCCAUUGGCAGCACAGUGGUGGAUCCCAUCUCAAUACAGCAGGGGGCGCUGGGAAACUUCAGCGACCUUCAGAUAGACUCCUGUGGCAUCACAGACAGGUGUUUGCCCAGCUAUUGUGAACACGGGGGUGAAUGUUCCCAGUCCUGGGACACCUUCUCCUGCGACUGCACUCACACUGGCUACGUGGGAGCCACCUGCCAUUCCUCUAUGUACCUUCCCAGCUGUGCACAUUAUCAUAAAUUAUUUAUUUCUGGAAUUUUCCAUUCAGUAUUUUCAGACCACAGUUCUGCUUUCUCCCUCCCAACCCCUUUCUGCCCACAAGACUCUGCAUGGACUUCAGUGCAGCACAAUGGCUCCCACCUGGCCAGAGUCAAAAGCUCUCAUGGAGAAAGCCCACAGCCUGUGAUUUUCAAGUACAUGGCCAGCAUGGACCAACUCCAGGCCCUAAUUGACCAGGCGGACCACUGCCAACAGGAGCUAGCUUUCCACUGCAGGAAGUCAAGGCUUUCAGCUCACCUUGAUGGAACCCCAGUGAGCUGGUGGGUUGGAAGAACCAAUGAAACACACACUUACUGGGGAGGUUCUCUGCCUGAUGCUCAAAAGUGUACUUGUGGAUUAGAGGGGAACUGCAUUGAUUCUCAAUAUCACUGCAACUGUGAUGCUGACCAGGAUGAAUGGUGA